AUGGAAAGCUCAACUCCUCCUUCUCAGCUGUCAGUCAAGACUUCAUACCGUAGAAUAACCAGUGAUCAGAUGGUUCUCACAAAAACCGCCAUGAAUGAGCUGAGAACACACUUGUCUUUCACCCCACUGAGAUUCCACUGCAGUAAAAACAAUGGACGAACGUUCCACGUGACCACUGCUGCUAACAGCACUGGUGAAGCUGUAGUCCAGUACUUCAGCGGUCAGACGGAUGUCCAGCCCGCCUCGUGUGGCUCAUACGUCAGAAUGGAAAAUGACAACUUAGGGUCAGCAGGUGUUUGCCAAAGGUGGGGAUUGGAAAGUGGCUCAAAUGCCCGGCUCAAAUGAGGUAGCUAAAUGGGGCCAUGGAUUUGAUCAAGAGAGAUUAUACGACCACCCUGCUUGGGUUUAUGGUUUAUAUCAUUGGACGCUUGAUCAUCGUAGUUAUGGUCAAGCAAAAAGAUGGGAACGCGACGAUUAUCUUGUUGGCGUGACCACUGGUGAUUUCUGGAAGAUUUGCGUUCGCUAA